AUGUCAAAAUUCAAUGUAUUCAUAUUGUGUUGUAUGGUGAUCGUUGUUGUGUGUGCGAAUGAUAAACAAAACAAGACAAAAGACGAGCAUAUAUGUGGUUCAAUUGUCAAUGUACUUUGUGUAACAGAUAUUCUAACGGACAUUGCUAAAGCAGCCAAAAACGUUCAACAGCUAGCAACAGACAUUGACAACAAAAUUUUUCGAGAUGAUCCAUCUAAACUCAGUCUUCUAGUCAAUAAGAUCCAGAAAAUGACUCUUUUAGAACCAACUUUCCCAGCCACAACAUAUCAUAGAGAAUCAAUAUGGAAGAAUGAUGUUGAGAGAGAAAAUUUCAUUCAUAUAAUUAGAGAGGAAUAUUAUGCUAUUAGUUUCCUAUAUAAAUCCAUACAAAAUCUGCAUCACACUGACAGUACAUGGGGGAAACAUCUUGAUACUUUGCUCAAUAAAGCACAAUUUAUUUUACGAAAAGAUAUGUUUUGCAAUUAUGUACAUAUUUUACGUGUUUAUCUAGCAGACUGGCUACCUAUUGAGCAGAUAAAUGGUAUCAAAUUGCCAAAAAACGAAAAACGUGAAUUAUCAUCAUUUGAAUAUAAUACUUAUGCAGCCAUUAUCGUUCAAUUAUUAAUCAACUGGACGCGAUCUAUUGAGAGUUUGCUUAACAAUCUUACAGCUAAACUUGAAUAA